GAUUUCCUAUUCUUCAGGUCACUUGGACUCGACUCAGCAAAAAAAGCUUUUAUUUCACCAGUUCCAACGACGAAACAUCGCCAUGAACUCUCAUCUGUUGACGUUUCUGGUGAUUCUCGCCCUGUUUUCGCAAGCCAGAGGAUUUUGCGGUCCAAGAAGUCUUCAGACUAGCCUUACACGUUCUGCUGUCAGAGGUGCAGAAUGGCUAAAAAACCAGCGAGAUGAAAAUGGUACUUACGGGGAGGGGCACGUGAGUGCUUUUGCAUUCCACUCCCUGAGGCUUAUCGGUCUCUCCGUGGAGACUGGAGCCGAGCACCUCAACGCUGAGAUCAUCAACGCGAACAUCAGUUCCCUGUCCGGGGGUAGGGUCGCGCUCUAUAUUCUCGGCGCCUUGGCCUCUUGUCAAGACCCGAAAAACUUCUACGAUUUCGAUUUGGUUAGCAGUUUGAAGACCAAACUGAGCAAAUAUCCUGAAGUGGGCUUUAAUCACCCCUUUCAGUACAGCUUGGCUGUCCUGGCUCUCUGUAGCAGUAGGCAUAACCUCGGAAGGAUAAAGUUCGGUUACGUGGACAAAAUCCUACACAGUAUACCAGCGCAGUUACCUUCAGUUAUCGCCAGCGGAGACACGCUCGCUUUGCAAAUUAUGGCGCUGACUUGUAUCAAGAAGUCAAUCAAAAGGAAAGGAUCAGAGGCGAUUCUGCAGAAGAUUAAAGAUGGCAUUAACAUAACGAGUUCUGGGCUUGUCAAUCGUCAGUUGAACGACAGUACAUUUGGAGAAAACGAGGUCACUGCGGCUCUGGCUUCGCAGGCUCUCUUAGCGGCCGGAGUGAAGAAAACCAAGUGUACCCAGACUAUGCGCUGGCUCAAGUCUCGUCAAAAUCCUGAUGGAUCAUUCAUUAACCUGAUGAGCACGAUCUACGUGACGCCAGCCUUGAUCGGAGCGCUUCCGUACGACUUGCGAGAUAUACGCUGCCCCAAGAAUACUACAGAUGUUGACGAAGAAAACGGGAUGAUAGAAGUUUGCGUUGAGCUGCAAUUCAAUGUCAGUUACAACUCCAAUGGGGAAAGCCCCCCUCCUGAAGCGUGUGUGAUAGUCGUGAAGGGAACAAACGCCCACGACAUCCUGGUAGAGGCAUCGAGUCAACAUCCGUGCUACAAGUUCACCACUAAGGACACCUCCUAUGGCCGUAUGAUCGAGUCUAUUUGCGAUAUUCAUAAAAGACCCAACGAAAUGUUCUACUGGUUGAUUUACAUUGAUGGCCAGUCAGCUCAAGUUGGCAUUGAUGAUCUCAAGCCAGGGCAAGGAUCCAAAUUGGAUUUUCAAUACCAAAAAGUGAAUUGGGGCUAGUGAGGUCUUGGCAAAAUUACAAAGAAAUUUUCGCCCUCUCAAGUUUUAGUGAGCCAAUGACUUGUUUAGUAAUAGUUUAAAUGCAAUUUUGUUGUAAACGCGGCAGUCUUAAGCGUUUUGCAAACAGAACCACUUGAUUUAAACGCGAACUUAAGGAUCUAGGAAUUCAGUUUUUGGGAGUUUGAACAGAAUCGGGAAUUUUUUAAAGGGGAUUUGUUCAUUGGGAAUCAGUCAGCUAGUGUGAAAAUUUGGAUCUGUACCGGAUACGACUAAAAACUCAAUAAAGGUGUUAAAACAGAG